GCUCAGAUUCCCGCCGUCGCUCCCGUUUCUACUACCCCUUCUUCGGCCGCAACCUCUCCUCCCGCCGCCUCCUUAUCGUAAACUGACUGCUGCUCUUCGACUAACACAUACCCCAUAUCCGACCCCGCCGAGAUCUUCGCCGCCUGGUUCGCAACAUAUAUGCAUACCACCUCGCCGAACUUCGCGCGCUUUGACCCUGUUCAGCAAGUCAUUGGCGCGGAGGUCGUAAAAAUCUUCAACGACUUCUGUGGGUCGACGGACGCUGAACAGCGGUAUAAAGCCGUCUAUGCAGACACAUUACGACGCUGUUUACGCGGGACGAAAAUGCUAUGUAUGAUCCUCGAGGACGAUCUGGUAUUUUUGGACCCACCAACCACGAUCGCAACCAUCGCGGGCAGACAGUCUCCUACAACUGCAACGACAACAUGUACUUUGAUUCCUCCAAGCAUGGGUACAAGUAUCUCCCCACGGGGCGGAUGGGGAAUGAACCCCGUGCCGCAUCUUCAUAUUGUACAAACUGGAGGAGUUUGUUGAAUGCGAUGAGGGGACGGAUGACGCGGCGGAUCUGGGGAUACCGGUUUGUAUGGAGAAGCUGGGGAUUCAGCAAGGACGGUUUCGGAUCGGCCACCAUACGGGGUAGAUUUUAUAGAUCUGGUUCUCUCGAAUGGUAUAGCGGACGGCUCCAGGGAUGCUCACUAACAAUCAACACCCAAUCCGGAAUGUUAUCCCAGAUACCGUCUCGGGCGUAUGUUGACACCUUCUACGAGAACAUAUUUUAUUGAUCUCGUCUAUGCGCAUACCGAAGAAGCUCACCAAAAAGGGCUUGGGUGCGGAAGACUUACGCCUUCUGGUACAAUGUGGAUUACCGACUCUUGUACUGUAUGAUCAAGAG